CUGGCGUAGAGUGAGUGGCUCGUUUCGAAUUUCUUUUGUCAUUGCAUCUUUGCAUAUAUCUUUCGUAAUGUCUUAGUCUGUUGAAAGAGAUUCAUGUAUAUACAUUCUCACCACCCUUUGUUGUCAUGCCAUGCAGCGCUCUUGAGUCCUGAAUCAAUGUCGUCGUGGAAAAUGGUUGAGCCCUGCAGACAUUAUUGCACUCGAGCGCCGGAGCAGAUCUGCUCUCACUUACGAAUUCAAAACACUGUGGCUCGCGUCCGAAAGCGCCUGAACAACAUCGAAAAGAUCAGAAAGCACAAGCGGGUCGUAGGUCAUCCAGAGACGCACUCUGGCGACCGCAGCUCAACCUACCACAUGUCCAAAGACUGCGUGAAACCGACUAUAAUCCCUCCACACAUCCUCUGGUGCAACUUCGACGGCGAGGCUGAGCAGUGGCUCAGACACGAAACUGUACCAUGGUGGUUUCUGGGUGGUUUCAUCAACUACCGUGGUCAGAUCACAAAAGGCGAUCUUCGGAAGCGCAACAAAAAGGACAAAAGCGGUCGGACAGGGUUGCUGUGUCGUCGCUUGCUGGCUUGCUCAAGGGAGUAUCCGAUGAAGGAUGGGAAGUUAAUCGAGCAAUUUGAAUACUUUUACAAAGCAUGGGUGCAGAAAAACAGAAUCAAACUGGGACUGGUAAAUUGCGUUGAGCUGGAGCACGACCCCGAGCCUGAAAUUACAAUCACUUGCGCAGCAGAAAAGCUCUACCGAAUGAUCUUUAACGAGAAAGAACGCGAAGCGCACGUUUCCACCCUGGAAGUCGAUAGAGCGCCUGGAGUCUUAUCGACCUCUGGUUCUGUUGACCCAGGUGUCUGUUUCACAAGCAUGCAGCAGCUGCUCAUCCCGCUCGACUCUACUCCUGCAUUCACCCCGCCAACUGCUCCUGUCGGUCUAGGCAUUACCUUCCAAGUCACGCAACAACUGGUCCUUCCCUUCCAUCCUGGCCCGCGCUCGACUGUCUCAGGAAACUCAUCUUCGUCGGAUAUGGCACUACCGUUCAACGACGAUGUUGAGAUGAAAGACCACUCAUUGACACCUUCUGCUCCCACAACUCUUAUCUUCGCACUACGCCCCUCGUCGGUCAAAAUCAGCAAUCCAGGACUCAGACCUCGUGCUGCCGUCAGAACUUUGGAGUCGCCGUGGAGCUUCCCCUUGCCCAGACGCUACGAUUCAAUGUCGGCGAGCCUGAACGAAGAACAGGCAUCUUCCGACAUGAUUGAGGAGUAAAAUCUCUGUACAAGCUCGCAUUGAGUCGACUGCUCGUUGACGGACCCAAGAAAAACGAGAGAAGGAGAAGCGGAAGAGGUGAGACUUUGGUUACGAAACCUGAUUCAGUUGAUCAUCUCUGGCCUGGCGCCCGCGCUCAUCGUAUCCAUCCAACUUCCUGAUCGUUCUGUCAUCAAAGCGGCGGAGCUGAAUGGCGUGGCGGAUGAACUGGUACCUUUGCUAGCUCUCACUCACACUCGCACUUGGCGCUUUCUGACCAUACAUGUUUCGAUUCAAUUUCAUCUUCCUGUCGUGCUCUGCAAAACGCUGUGAAACUCUGGGGUCUGCUCCGCCGAGUUGUGAGCUUCUUUGUU